UUUUAAAUUCGAUUCGCAACCAAAACAAGUCGGAAAUGCCGUUAGUUAAAGUUAAUGUUAAAUGGAAUGGAACUGACUAUGAAUUGGAAGCUGAUACUGAUGAUUCUGUUGAAUUACUUAAGACUCAGCUGUACACCAUGACAAGUGUACAACCUGACAGACAAAAGCUCUUGUUUAAAGGAAAAACCUUGACGGAGAAUACUGAUUUAAACACUUUGAAUAUUAAAGAGGGCAGCAAAUUCAUGAUGAUGGGAACAAUUGGUGAAUUGCCAAAAGAACCGGAAAAUAAAACUUUAUUUAUUGAAGAUAUGUCGGAUAAACAAUUGGCAGAAACCUUAAAGUUACCAUCUGGUCUCCGAAAUCUUGGUAACACUUGUUAUAUGAAUUCAACCUUACAAUGUCUUCGAGUAAUGCCAGAAUUGCAGGAGUCUCUGAAUAGUUUUACAAGUGGAUCUUCUGCUGCUGCUGCUGCUAAUAACCUUACAACCUCUUUGCGCGAUCUUUAUCGUAAUAUGAGUCAAACCACUGAAGGUGCUACUCCACUUAAUUUUCUUCAGAUACUUAGAAAUGUUUUCCCUCAAUUUGCUCAACGGAAUGCUACUGGUUUUAUGCAGCAAGAUGCCGAAGAAUGUUGGAGCCAAAUUGUGUCUAGUCUGAAACAAGCAAAUAUUCCUAUACCAAACCAAGAUUCUAGUUUGUCAUCAGAAGGUGAAACAACAUCGGGAUCAUUUAUUGAUCGUUACAUGACAGGAGAAUUUACUUCGACUCUUAAAUGUGAAGAAGCCUCCGAAGAGGAAGCAACUAUUGUAAAAGAAAAUUUUACAAAAUUAAACUGUCAUAUCUCAAAAACCAUAAAUUAUAUGCAAAAUGGAGUUCUGGAGGAUUUAGAUGAACAGAUUGAAAAAAAUUCUCCUACAUUAGGAAGAACGGCAAUUUAUAAUAAAACUUCACGUAUAAGUCGGUUGCCAUCAUACCUUACGGUACAAUUUGUAAGAUUUUUUUGGAAAGCUGACCGAAAUGUUAAAGCUAAAAUUUUACGUAAAGUAAAAUUUCCAAUGGAACUUGAUGCUACAGACUUUUGUACUGAUGAAUUAAAAAAUAAAAUUUUACCACUUAAAAAUCGUUUACGCGAAUUGGAAAAAGAAAGAGAAAGUGCAAAGAAUAAAGCAAAACUUUCAAUCGAUAAUGAUGAUCAAGGUUUAGCGGAUUCAAAAAAUGAUGAAACAACAUAUGCGGAGGAGCUCAAAAAGCUUAUUGAUCCUGACCUAAAUAAAGAUAUUGGUGCUAAUGUAUCAGGAUUAUAUGAUCUUUGUGCAGUUCUUACCCACAUCGGAAGAUCAGCUGAAUCUGGACAUUAUAUGGGAUGGGUGCGUAAAGAUAAUUCUGAUGAUUGGAUUCAAUAUGAUGAUGACAAAGUUAAAAUCGUAUCGCAAGAAGAUAUUCAAAAAUUGGACGGAGGAGGUGAUUGGCAUAUGGCAUAUAUUUUAUUGUAUCGGUCAAAAAAGAUUGCGUAAUUCGGUUUACUUGAUAUUUUUUUUUUAAAUUUUUUUAGAAUAUAGGUUUGAAAUAAAAAUAUAAAGAGUUAUUUGAUACGAUCUAAUAACAAGAUUUUAUAAUGAUAUUCGAUCGUCUUUGGUUGAUCAACCAAUGAAACAUGUGAUCAAAAUGCCGAUCAAUCAAUUCUAUCGCUAUCGUUGCUAUUGUUGUGCCCCAAAUCUCAAUAUGCCCCAAAUUGACGAUAAUCAUCGAUGAUUACUAUAUGUGAAAAGUAAUGCUUUGAAAAUUCUUAAGGCAUUAUAAAGAUGGGCCGAUAAUUUAGGCCGAUCGUUGAUUUGGGGCAAUCGUCAACUUGGG